AUGCUCAGAACCAAGCUAUGGUCUGGGUUGAAGGACAGUAACCUCCGAAAUUCCAGUCGAUACAAGUAUGACACCAUCAAAGACUUUGAAGCUCUAAGAAGGGAAUUACGCACCAUUGAACUUGACCUACAGUUCUCAUCAUCCUCUACAGCUACAUCAUCUGAGAAGAAGAAGCAACAAGUAUCAAAGAUUGGAAAAGGAGAUGAUGAUUCAUCUUUGGAAAUAAUUCUACAAAAAUUAGGAGCAAUGGAUAAGAGACUUGGAGAAGUUAAACAAACAAACCUAAAAGACCAAUUACCUCCCAGGUGUGACCAGAACAAUACUAGGAACUACAUUGGUACUGGAGACUGUGGACAAUCUGGUAGAGGUUAUCACCAUUAUGGUAGAAGUCAAGGUCAAUACAGAGGAGGAUACAGAGGAUAUAGAGGAGGAUACAGAGGUGGUGAAACUUAUGGCCAGUCCUAUCCCAACAGAGGAGGAUAUGGUGGAUACAGGGACAAUCGCCGCAAGGAUUUAAACCAAUAG